GACGCCGAACCAGUGUUAUCUGCCUGACUUGCAUUUUAACUUUCAUAGUUUUUGUCUUCUUUUUCGUGCAGAUCAGACACGCUACUGACAAUGGAAUGUCUUAUUGGUAUUACGGGAAAAGACUUUGUGUUAGUUGCGUCUGAUACAGUAUGUGCCCGAAGCAUUGUUGCGAUGAAACAAGAUCAUGACAAAAUGUUCAAACUGAGUGAUAAUUUACUCAUGCUUGUCUCAGGAGAGUCUGGUGACACAGUUCAAUUUGCAGAGUACAUCUCAAAAAACAUCCAGUUAUACAAAAUGAGAAAUGGCUAUCAGUUGUCACCUACCGCUGCUGCUAAUUUCACUAGGAAAAACCUGGCUGAUUAUCUCAGGAGUCAAACUCCAUACCAAGUGAAUCUUUUGAUGGCAGGUCAUGACGCUGAUGAUGGUCCACAGUUGUUCUUCAUGGACUACCUCGGUUCUCUUGUGAAAGCACCAUUUGCUCUCCAUGGCUAUGGAUCUUUCUUCUCUCUCAGUAUAAUGGAUCGAUAUUAUAAAGAAGAUUGUUCAAAAGAAGAAGCUGUGAAAUUAUUACAACAGUGUUUGAAUGAGAUCCGCAAAAGGUUCAUCAUCAACCUUCCACGCUUUACAGUCAGAAUCAUUGACAAGGAUGGUAUACAUGAAUUAGAUAGCAUGAGUGCUAGUGACUAGGAGGUGUUCAUAUAUUUCACAUCAUACAGAACUUUUGACAAUGUUAUCUAGUGGCUAUCCAGCACUGCUGGUAUUCCCAAAAGAAGAUUGUUUGAGAGCCAUUCAUUUAGAGCAUCAGUGCCUUUGCAGCGAUUGGCUUUUGGCCCUCAAGUGAUAUAUGAUACAUGUGACAUUCUCAGCAGUGACGGGCAAAAGUAAAGGAAGAAUUCAAAUACAUGUAUGUGCUAUUGCUUGCUGCGUUGGAACCUUGAUAUUUUCUGUGUGGAAUAUUUCCUUCAGUAAAGAGGCAGGACUCCCUGGAGUUGUCCACCUAAGAUGUGUUGGUGUCUAUUUGAUAGUGGGAGAACACUAUAAAAUGGCAGAUUACAUGUGCUGUGAUCGAGUGUUUUAGAACACGACUAGUAAACAGAAUGUUAAAAAAAGCAUUUUUCAAUUCCACAGAAGGAGAACUUCUGAUAUCCUGGUUUUGACCUUUCUUGCAUAUGGGGAUUAUUUGGCGGAGUUGAAUGGGGAUCAAUGUUCAUGAUUCAAAUUGGCUGAUCUUGUAAUAAAGUGUCCCUUUGUAAAAA